CAACAACUUCAAGGAUUGGUCUACCAUUUUUUCCUAUUGGUUAAAGACGCUACUCUUUUGAAAUUAUCCUUGAAGGCUAUUGACGAAAAACUCAAUAGCCAUUAACGUACGUUCUCUACACUACAUUAUGGACUUCUUCCUUCUGACCUCUGUUCACCAGAGCAAUGUUGCACAGCCAGGCCGACGGAGGUUGUCGAGCAGCAACAGUGUUGAGUCUCUGGAUGUGAGCCCCUGUGCUGAAGCGCGAGUCUUGGUCAUCAACACCGGAGGAACUAUCGGGAUGAUGUACCAUAAUAACGUGCUCUCACCCCCAGGGCCUAAUGUGUUUGUGAAGGCUCUGCGAAAGCUUCCCGACCUCCAUGAUGAGCAGUAUGCCCUGCAGACCUGUAUGUCUUACUACGACAGCACGAGUGGCCCACAGGAGAACACCCUUGUCCUGCCGAUGCCGACACACCUCGCUGAUGAACUAUCAAAAAGGCUGUGUAAACAAAAUAAGAGGAUAGUGUACACUGUUUUAGAGUACAGCCCCUUGCUGGACUCUUGCAAUAUGACCACAGAUGACUGGGCUACAAUUGGGAAGGACAUUGAGAAACACUAUGAGAAGUAUGACGGUUUUGUCAUUCUCCACGGCACGGACACCAUGGCCUACACAGCAUCUGCUCUGUCCUUCAUGUGUYAGCAUCUGGGGAAGCCUGUCAUCCUCACCGGCUCCCAGGUGCCGAUCUAUGAGAUGAGGAACGAUGGAAGAGACAACCUGUUGGGGGCGCUGCUGAUCGCUGGUCAGUUUGUCAUUCCUGAGGUUUGUCUGUAUUUCCACAACAAGCUGUACCGGGGCAACCGUGUGACCAAGGUGGAUUCUGGGAGUUUCAAUGCCUUCAAUUCUCCUAACCUGGCUCCUCUGGCCAUUGCUGAAGUGGAUAUUAAAAUUAACUGGGACACGGUGUGGAGAGCAAACACAACCUUGCGGUUCAGAGUGAGCACUCAGAUGAACCGUAACGUGGGUCUGCUGAGACUCUUCCCAGGCAUCACUGCUGUGACUGUGAAGUCCUUCCUGCAGGAGCCCAUGGAGGGCAUCGUCCUGGAGACGUAUGGUAGUGGAAACGCCCCUGACAACCGUGCUGACCUGCUUGAGGAGUUCCGGAAUGCCACAGAGAGGGGCGUGAUCAUGGUCAACUGCACCCAGUGUCUGAGGGGUUCUGUCACCACGUCGUACGCCACCGGAAAGGCCUUGAGUGACGCAGGACUGGUGGCAGGCUGUGACAUGACUUCUGAGGCUGCCCUGUGCAAGCUGUCCUACGUGCUGGCCAGGACGGACCUCAGCAAAGAGGCCAAAAUAAAGAUGCUGAGUCAGAACCUGCGGGGAGAGAUGAUCGCUGACCUGCAGGGGGCCAAGCUCACUCUGAGCGACGGCAAUGACCUGGAUGAAGCGACUAAUUCCCUGAGCAUCAGCUUUGAGAUGAGGCCACCACACAGCCAGCCACAUCACACAUACUGUCACAACCAGUGAUUCUGCAGGAAUGGAGAGUACAUUGAGUUCUCAGUCUGUCCAAAAGAAUCCUGAAGACCAAGAUCCUCAACUCUUACCUCUCCAUCCAUCCCCAUCACUCUCCCUUUCCAUUUCACUCUCUUAUGCUGGACAUUUACACACAAAUUUGCAGAUUAACAGAUUAUAUUUAGAUUAAUCCAAACCAUUACAAUUGAUAUAUUUGCGAUAAUCUCAUAUACAGUUGCUUAACUGUAGUUGUAAAAGCACUAGUAGCACAACAUUGGAUAUCAAGUAAUAUGGAUGCACUGUGCAUAGAACAAGCAGCACUAUAUCUGUUUGCUUUGUAUGUACCACAGUAUAUGAUGCAUGUGGAGCAAUUCACUCUGUUUGCAUUAAGAGUAUUAUCAGUGAUCAUUGGAAGCACAGGGAAGAAUGCUGUACCUUAUACUAGGCACUUGAUGGGUAGAAUGCUGUUGAUGUGCUUUAUGAAAUGCUUAGUAUAGAGUGAUAUUUAUUCUAAAUGGAAAUAGUCUCACUUAGACUGCAUGAACAAUACAUAUUUUUUCCACCUUCUGAAAGCACAGAUAACUGCAGUUUCCUGUUUGAAAAACAGGACAAUCCAUCCCUCUAUUCUGCUUACUUGUUUCCUUACUCUAACAGCCUGGGCAGAGAGACCAAUGUCAUAUAACUGGACAUUACUUCAGCUGUUAUCCAAUAACUGUUACUCAGUGCUAUGCUCCUCUACUCUCUAUGUUCAUGGUCAAUUAACUAUUUGAUUCAAUCAAAAUGCCAAUAACAUUAUCAUUAGUAUGUGUCAAUCCAUGUCAUGGUUUUGUCAUACAUGUGUAACUUAACAGCAACUUUCAUAAAAAAACAAUUGACAAGAAACAACCCAGUCAUCAACAUUAGAGGAUUUGCAACCUGUAUUACCUCCCAGUGGAGGAGU